CAAGAGGAAAUACACUCGGCAGCGUGUGGCUGUCCUCACUUGCCUCUGACUCGCUUUCGCUCUCUCUCUCUGUCACACACUCGGUUUCAGUACAGAGACCUGCACGACUGUUUGGUCCGUGUCCGUGCCUCCACAGAACGAUUUGAAACAUACGCAAUGCAUGUGAGACAUGACAAACAAGGCCCCCUGGGAUAACUCAAACAGUGUGUGCAGCAUGGAGCCAGCAGCCGGCUGCUCCCCCACAGUUCCAGAGGGGGAACUCUACCGCAGUGUCCAAGCUGUGCUGCCGAGGGACACUGACAACCAGCAGAACCCAGACCUGAGCAACAAAGGCAUGCUGAGAUGGACGCUUCAUAAGAAGGUUCAAAACAAUCCAACAAACAGCUUAUCUCUGGUGUGGGUGCUGAUUAAAGAGCUGGAAAAGGCUGAGAGAUGGGACUCUCGAAAGUGCAUCAUUCCUCUGCUUCACACGCUGAUGUAUGCUAUCAUUCAGACAGCCUACAUUCCAGAUGAGCUGUACAAGCGGGUUUACGACUUUUGCAAGAGGCUCCUGACCUACCCUCACCCCUACUGCAACGUUGGCCUCAGCUACACGAGGCAGAUAAAAACUGAACGCUCCACUCCAGGUCUAAUGUUCCAGAGGAUGGUCACAGCAGAGCAGAGACUAAAAAAUGAGCACUAUCCCUUUCAGGAGAGGAUCUUUGUCCUGGCUGACCCAGAAAUCUUCUCUGGCUCUUUGGGACAAGUCCUGUUAGGCGAUAUUGAGGCUUCUUCUUCAAUCUCAGAUUCAGAUGGAUCUCUGAGUCCUUUAGAUCACAUGUGCAAUGUGGUCCAACACUCCAUACAGGCUGCUUUAGGAGCAGACCAGUGCGACGGGCCCAGACUGGCUCAAGCCCUAAAGGACAUGGGUCAAGACGUGGAGUCGCAUUUUCAGGAAGUGUUGGCAGCUCUAGAGCAGAGCGCAGAGGAGGGCGGCAGAGGGGAGGGGAGAGCGCUGAGGAGCCGUCUUAAGCGGCUGUAUAGUAGGAUCCUCACCGACACAGACUCAGAGCCAUUGUCCAGUGGACGACUGCGUGAUUGCCCUCUUCCCAACCCAGAGAUGAGCUUCCACCUGUGGACGGAGGAUCUGGAUAUCUGGCGAGAGCUGGCCAAGUGGUUUCGAUCCAGCUCCAUGUCGGAUCAGUUCUCCCUCAGUCAGGAGCAGGAAGACUUUGAGCUGGGUGAGUCGCCAGGUGACGUGAUGCCGUCUGACAUGACGCGCUUCUCCGUCAUGUCCAAUGACAGCGGCAUUGAAAGAGACCUGCCCCCUGGCUCCGAUACCUCGCCAUCGUCAUCUCUGGACUCUGCCAGCAUUAGCACAUCAUGGGAACAAUGCAGAAGUGAACAAGAUUUGUCGAGGCUGUCACGACGUGGAGGCAUCAGGAUGAAAACAUCAGUGAAGGACAGCAUGGUGCUGAUGCAGGACACACUAGAGGAGCACGCAAGUCUUGGAGGAGGAAUUAGAGAGAGGGGAGGAAGAAAAGGGGAGACUCUACAGAGGCGGGCAGGAGGCAACACGAUGCAGAACCUCUUCCCCAAGCAGCAGAGACACUUCAUUGCCAGGAUUGUCAUCAUGGGAGAUGACAGGGUGCUGGGCCGUCUGGCCAAGGCCUACUAUUUGCUCAGGAAAAGGGAAGCACGGAGGCUUUUUCUUACAAUGAAAGUCAACCUCCAGUUUUACUACAUCCCUGUUUGCAGUGCCACAGCUCCCAUCUCCUCUAACAAGGGAAACCUUCAUCAGUCCAAGGGAAAUCCCUGCACUCUUGGUUCCUACUUGAGCAUGGUGGACCCGUGGUACAGCUCAAACAUCAAGAGUUUAGGCUGCAUGAUCCCCAAACUCGCUAAGCUGCAGAUGAACCCAGGGAGGCCAAAAGAGCCCUUUGUGUCAGAUGUCAUUUCCUAUUAUGUUCGUACCGGCCAGCAGCCUGUCUACUUCACCAUCUACUUUGUUAAGAUCACAUUCACCAGCAUGACAAAGGAUCCUGUGGAGGAUGUGUUUCUUACCCAUCUAGAGAUGGAGUUCCCCGAGUUCAGACAGAUCUCAGCGUCAUGCCGAGAUAAACCAAAGAAGAGCUCAGGGGAGGUAUGCGGAGCUGUCAUCUCGAUGAAAUACAGAAAGGUGACAUUAAGUGGCCGAGAUAUUGACAUAGGAAUGUCAGUCAGGACAUCAGGAGCUCAGAUCAGUGCUAUUCCCUCCAAUGAAGCAGAAGAUCUGAACUGUUUGACAAUGACAUUCAAUGAAUCUCCAACAAAAUUAAAAAACAACACUUUGGAGUCAAAGAUUCGGUCAAGCAACAUUAAGAUUCGCACCUUGGAGAGUCGAUCUUUCACUGUUAGACUGGACAGAGACUGUCGCAGGACCUACAGAGAUGUACAGAGCAUUGAGAUAUCCCCGUGCCUUGAUCCCGGAUACUGCGUCCAGAAAACCAUGAGGUCCAAAUUCAAGUUGGGGGAGGACAAAGAAGCUGGAUUGAGCAAAUACAUGAACAAAGGACUCCCUCUGCCAAUCAACACAUUUGCUGGCAUCAUCACCUGAUGUGGCGGAGUAAACCCAAAAAGAAACAUGAGAAUGAAGGCAAUUCUCACUGUGUUUUGAUUGCAGGAGUCGUUGCGACUUCCAAGGAAACAGAAGUCCAAUCUGACACACGAAAAGACAAAAUGAAUCACCUGUGAGUCAUACUGAGCUGCUCCUGAAACCAAAAUGUUUCAGCUCUGUCAGUCAGGACUUGCAUGACUGGAAAAAGACUACAAAUCAAAGCAACUUGAGGCCAAAUGCAACACACACACACUCGCAUCCCUUCUUGCAGUCAAUGGAAUAGCCUGUCUGCUUCUUUUACAGUAUCAGGAACAACAUUGUUUCACACUGUAGGGUAUGAUUGAAUUCCUAACAAUGUUUCGCUCUCCAUGAGGGAGCUACUGUUCAGAGUUAAUGCCAAAGAACAAUACUGCCUGUGACACUAGAGAGAUCGGCAGGGAAAAGUAAGUAAGGUUUGUACCUUUAUACGUAAAAGAUUUCAGGACUACCGAGAAAUGGAUCACUUAUCAUGCGACAUCAUAAAAAACUAUGCAGGCAAAAGUCUGAAAAAUCGGAUUUUCCAAGUCACCGCUUGGUGAGACAGAUUCGAAGGGUUGAUUGUAACAGUUACUCUACUUCAUAGACACACUACCUUCUUCACAUACAUACAAUGCAGACUCGCCUGGCCUGUCAGUGACUGAAAGAUUGUGGAAAGACCGGUACGAUGACAGUUGACAGUUUUAACUGUUGCAUUUGUCUUAGCUGAAUUAUUCAAAUAACUUGUAAUUCACAUACAUGUUACAUAAUGCAAGCUGUAUUGUAGGUUAAUGUGACUGAUGCAAGCAUUGGGUUUAGUGCUGGAAAUGCUGCAGACAGUGCCGACGCUAGACCAAUGUGUCAAGAAUGACUACAGAACAGAGGCAGCUCUUGUGUUUUACUGUAUCAGACAGACAACGGGGAUCAUGUACGGACUGAACUACAUAAAAGAGCUGUUAGACUUCAGACUACUGACUUCAGGCCAUUGUCUGCUACCCCGACGUGCAAGAUUCUGUUUCAUGCUUGAUCAUAUACAAGACAGAGUGAAACCUUGGGGGCACUCAGAGUGAAACUUGCACACAUGCCAGUAAAAAACUCAAAUGUAUCAGCCUUGAGGUGUGAAAAUCACCUCUGACCAUGUCUUUGGUGAUACAUCAAUGUGUUAAAUUGCAUCUAUUUGCACUUAAACUGUAGGUUUGUUGUUUUGUAUUAUUUCCUUGUGGGAGAGGAGCAACAGUGUGUAAAACUUUUGCGUUCUCACUUGCACUCUCUCUUUAACUACAAUAUGUGGUUGAAAAAAAUUAAGCUGACUUUUACAGGCAUGCCUUGUAGGUCGAUAACAGAAGUAAGGAACGACUGACCAGACUGCCCUAUUCGAUGCACGCCCUGAGAAUAAUUAUGUCAUUACUUAACAUGUCACAAAUACAUGACAUCCUCUAAGUUAUUAGAGGGGCAUUUCAAUACAUGACACAAAUAUUUGGCUCAGUUGUUAUUCAUGAAAAGGAUGAAGACUUCGCUUUUGCCACAGAAUUAUUAGAUCACCCACCCUAGGAUGGCUCGGCACCCUAUUUUUGAUGCAUGCCCACAUGUAUGAGCUCAGACAGUAAAGAUCAACAGCCUCAGGAACUGGAAGUGAUGGGUUACACUGGCAGGGUAAAAUCAUGAGUUUGAAAAUCAUGAUACAUUUUGCACACGUUUUUUCACCUAAUGUCAUAUAUAAAGAUGAUGCCAUUAAAAUCAAAAUGCAAUUGUGUAAAUAAAUGAUUUUGUUUUUAUAAAA